UGGUGCAAAUGAAAGUGACAACAGGUGCACCAGAGAGGCAACAGCAAGACAACCACCAAAAAGGAAAUGGUAUUGCAGCUUGAGGAUGUGAAGAUGGAGCCUUGUUCGGCAGAGACGGGUGAAGAGACGUCCGGCUCUGUGGGGAACAUCAACCCAAAGGAUGAAGAGGAAGGAUCUAAGAUAAUUAUAAAAGAAGAACCUGAAGAUGAUGAUGAUGAUGAAGAUUAUCUCUGUGCAGGAACGUCCGGCUCUGUGAGACACGUCGCAGUGGAUGAACCAAAUGAAGAAAUCUUGAAAAUAACUGUAAAAGAGGAAGAUGAGGAUGAAGACUGCCUCUUCUGUGAGGUCUGCAAAUGCUUCUACAUCGACCAGUGUGAGGUUCACGGUCCAGCUCUCUUCAUUCCCGAUACCCCCGUUCCCAUGGGAGGUCCUGACAGAGCCAGACGAACCCUUCCACCUGGUCUAGAGGUUCGGGAGUCCAGUAUUCCCGAUGCAGGCCUGGGUGUGUUUAAUACGGGGGAGGCUAUACCAGUUGGGGCACACUUCGGACCCUAUCAGGGAGACCCGGUCGAGCGAGAGGAAGCCAUGAACAGUGGUUACUCCUGGGUGAUAUGCAAACGUGGACAGAAUGAAGAAUACAUCGAUGCUCAGAGAAAGAUAAAUGCAAACUGGAUGAGGUAUGUGAACUGUGCUCGCAACGAUGAUGAGCAGAAUCUGCUAGCGUUCCAGUAUCGUGGGGGGAUUUACUACCGUUCCUGUCGACCCAUAGGACCAGGACAGGAGCUGCUGGUGUGGUAUGAGGAGGAGUAUGCCAGAGAUCUCAGCAUGACGUUCGACCACAUGUGGAACAAAAAGUGCUCCACAAAGGGAGGGAAUGACCGCCUCUUAGAAGUAUUUUCCUGCCCGCUGUGCCCACUUUCCUACACAUCAGAAAUGUACCUUCGCAAACACACAAUGAGAUGCCACAGGGACGAAUACGGGAUACUGCAAACCUCAGAAGAGCUCGACCAUGAGGACCCAAAGCUGCCAAGAAGCUCAAGCAGUCAGCAAGUUACUUCUGUCCACUACAAACGAAUGAAGAAAGGAAUUUACCACUGCAUAGACUGUGGCAAGACUUUCACCUACCACAGCAAUCUCAGGACUCACCAGCGCAUUCACACGGGCGAGAAACCAUAUCGCUGCUCGCAGUGUGGAAAACGUUUUACCCAUCAGAUGACACUUCGUCGACACCAGAGCAUACACACAGGCGAGAAGCCCUAUCACUGCUUAACAUGUGGAAAGAGUUUUAUUCAGAGUACUCAUCUUCAAAGACACCAGCGCGUUCACACGGGAGAAAAGCCCUAUCCCUGCUCACACUGUGGGAAGAGUUUUACCAACCAGAGUGAUCUCCAAGGACACCAGCGCAUUCACACCGGAGAGAAACCGUAUCGCUGCUCGCUGUGCGAGAAGAGUUUUACGCAACACGGUGCUCUUCAGCGACACCAGCGCAUUCAUACAGGAGAGAAACCAUAUCACUGCUCAGUGUGUGGAAAAAGUUUUACCCAGCUGAGCAAUCUCCAGACACACCAGCGCAUCCACACAGGAGAAAAGCUCUUUGACUGUUUACUUUGUGGGAAGAGGUUCACGACGCAGAGCUCUCUCCAGACCCACCAGCGCAUUCACACAGGAGAAAAGCCAUUCCAUUGCUCACAGUGCGGAAAGAGCUUUAGCCAACAAAGUGCUCUCCAAAAACACCAACGCACUCACACGGGCGAGAAGCCCUAUCACUGUUCUUACUGUGACAAGAGUUUCACUCACUUGAGUAAUCUCAAACGUCACCAGCGCAUCCACACCGGAGAGAAGCCAUAUUAUUGCUCAAAGUGUGGACGCAGCUUCGGUCAUUCCACUACAUAUAAGACACACAGUUGUCCUAACAGAGCCAACUGGACAGUUUACAUGAACUGUGGAUAUUUUGCUCCAUGUUCCAGAAUAAUGGUGACUUUGCCUCAUGAAACUCCGCCCGCACUCAGAGCACUGGUACCGUUUCUCUCCUGUGUGAAUGUGCUGGUGCUGUUGGAGCGCACGCUUCUGAGAAAAACUCCUCCCGCACUGCGGGCACUGAUACGGCUUUUCUCCCGUGUGAACGUGCUGGUGUUCUUGGAGAUUACACAGCUGCGUGAAACUCUUCCCGCACUGUGCGCAGUGAUACGGCUUCUCUCCUGUGUGAGUGUGCUGGUGCUGCUGGAGGUGAGACGGCUGCAUGAAGCUCUUACCGCACUGCGAGCAGAGGUACGGCUUCUCGCCGGUGUGAAUGCGCUGGUGCCGCUGGAGAGCGUGCUUUUGAGUGAAGCUCUUCUCGCACUGCACGCAGUGAAACGUCCUCUCUCCCGAGUGAAUGCUCUGGUGCCGCUGAAGAUUGAUCUGUUGGGUGAAGCUUUUGCCGCACUGCGGGCAGCGAUAAGGCUUCUCUCCCGUGUGAAUGCGCUGGUGCUGUUGAAGAUUGCUCUGUUGAGCGAAACUCUUCCCGCAGUAGGUGCUGUUCUGGAGAGAGCUAUAGGGACCACGUGUGAGACCAUGUGUGAGACCAUGUAUGAGUUCUCUCUCAUGUUCACUAUCGUGGCAACUUCUGAGGUGUUUGUGAAGCAUUGUGAUGAAUUGACAUCCGAUCCAGAAUACACACUUUGCACGCAUGUGAAUACAGAGGCCAUGUCGAGUGGAGAGACGUCUAUCCCCGUUGGUGACGUCAAUACUGUGGAUCGACAGAACGAAGAAGUCCAGAAGAUAACUGUAAAAAAUGAGGACGCUGAAGAUGAAGCCUACAUCUGUGCAGGGACGUCCAGCGCUGUGGGAGCCAUCAAUCCUGUGGAUCAACAGAACGAAGAAAUCCUGAAGAUAACAAUAAAAAAGGAAGAACCUGAGGAUGAAGACUACCUCUUUUGUGAGGUCUGCAAAUCCUUCUUCAUUAACCAGUGUGAGGUUCACGGUCCACCUCUCUUCAUCCCUGAUACUCCUGUCCCUAUUGGAGAUCCUGACCGGGCCAGACGAACCCUUCCACCUGGUCUAGAGGUUCGGGAGUCCAGUAUUCCCGAUGCAGGCCUGGGUGUGUUUAAUACGGGGGAGGCUAUACCAGUUGGCGCACACUUCGGACCCUAUCAGGGAGACCCGGUCGAGGGAGAGGAAGCCAUGAACAGUGGUUACUCCUGGGUGAUUUACAAGCCUGGACAGUGUGAGGAAUACAUCGAUAGCAAGGAUGAGAUGCGCUCUAACUGGAUGAGGUACGUAAAUUGUGCUUGUAAUGACGAAGAAAAUAAUUUGGUGGCGUUCCAGUAUCAGGGGGGGAUCCUCUACCGUUCUUGUCGAGCCAUCGAACCCAGACAGGAGCUCCUGGUGUGGUACGAGGAGGAGUACGCCAGAGACCUCGGCAUCACAUUCAACCACAUCUGGAGCAACAAGUGCCCAGGAAAAGGAAUGAAGUUCCAGGUGUUCUCCUGCUCCAUGUGUUCCCUUUCCUACACGUCUCAGAUCUUCUUCCACAAGCACCUCAGGAGACGCCACUACGGCGAAUACGAGAGACUCCUGAGGUCUGGAGAGAUCAAACAUGAGCCUCCGAUGACCAAAAGCAGCUCGUCUAGCCAACAGAUGAGCGCCGGUACCCAAAUCCAGCAGGUUCACGCCGGAGAGAAGUACGAGUGCUCGCACUGUGGUCGAAGCUUCACCAACAGGAGUCAUUACCAGCUCCACCAGCGCAUUCACACAGGAGAGAGGCCCUUUCACUGCACGGACUGCGGCAAGAGCUUCGCUCAGCACAGCAACCUUAAAGCGCACCAGCGCAUUCACACCGGGGAAAAGCCUCACCGGUGCGCGCACUGCGGGAAGAGUUUCACCCAUCUGAGUACUCUACACAGACACCAGCGCAUUCACACGGAAGAGAAGCACUACCGUUGCUCUCACUGCGGCAAGGGUUUCACUCAGCACAGCAACCUCAGGAUACACCAGCGCAUUCACACGGGAGAGAAGCCGUACCGGUGCACGCAGUGUGGCAAGGGUUUCACCAACCAGAGUCACCUUCAGGAGCACCUGCGCAUUCACACCGGCGUAAGGCCCUAUCGCUGCUCGCAGUGUGGGAAGAGCUUCACUCAGCACAGCAAUCUCAUCACGCACCAGCGCAUUCACACGGGGGAGAAGCCGUACCACUGCUCACAGUGCGGCAAGAGUUUCACCAAACAGAACUAUCUGAAGGAGCAUCAGUACAUUCACACCGGAGAGAAGCCGUAUCAGUGCGCGCAGUGCGGGGAGAGGUUCACGCAGAGCAGCAGUCUCCGACAGCACCAGCGCGUUCACACCGGGAAGAAGCUGUACUACUGCUCGCUGUGCGGGAGGAAUUUUACUCAUUUGAGUUCCCUCAAGAUACACGAGCGUAUCCACACCGGAGAGAAGCCGUAUCACUGCCCGCGGUGCCAACGCAACUUCACUCACCGGAGGACGUUCAAGACGCACAACUGCGAGGUCGGAACCAUCAGCUAGAGUUCCGCAGGCAUUAUUUUAUUUAGCAUUAGGCGGUGAUAACAGCGGUGGCUCAGGAAAGGUACUAGAGGGAGGAACGUUUACCACCAAGUUGCCCCUGUUGGGAGGAGUACCACCAAGUUGCCCCUGUUGGGAACCUAAACGACAAGUUUUUAGGAUGAGAUCCUUCGGAAUAGGAAGUCGCUUCUCUUUAACGCAUGAAUUUACACGUGGAUAAGAUGAGUGAGGGUCAAAACAGAGAAAGACCGUGCGUGUCCUUGGGGUAACCCCCUUACGAUUAUGAUCCCGGAGGCUGUGGCGGUGUCACCCUGCAUCGUCCUGAGUUUGUUAUCCAGUCGGAGAGAACAGAUAAUCAUGAAAGCGCUUUUUAGAAUAAACGUCGCCUCAAAGCCCCUUUACAGAAAUCCAGGUCCAAAAAUAGGCUUGGUGAAGCAUUUUCAUAUACAAAUAUAUUAUGAGUAUUGGUCUACGGUUUGAUCAGUUCAUGAUUUAUCACCGGUUAUCACUUACUUGAACCCUAGUCAGAUUGUGAGACUCGAAUAGGGGGAAGGUCUGUAAUAAAAAACCUUCUUAGUGACUGUAUUACCUGCCAGGGGUGGGAAGGUGGUUCAGCCACGGCCAGGCUCAGCCACUGCACUCCGGUUGUACAAAUCUCGACUGCAGAAUUCUGAUAGCGGGGACGGCGUUCGCGCUCUUACCUGAUUGUUGGAAGGACAGUGGUGGCCUAGUGGGUGUAGUCGGUAGAGCUUUGCGGCAUUGAUCAGAAUGUUGUGGGUUCAAAUCCCUAUUCUGCCGUCCAGCCUUUGAGGGUUGAGGACCUUGCUCAAGAGCCCAACAGUGACCUUACGAUUACUACUCCACCGUACCUUAACCGCUGGGCUACGACUGCACCAGUUCUGGUUCAAGAAUCAGAGUUCUUUUGGUCCAAAAGUGCUACGUUGGGCCCUUCACCCUCUCAGCUCCAGGGGCCGUGUACAAUGGCUGACCCUGCGCUCUGACCCCACUUUACAAGUGGAAUAUGUAGAAGAAACAUUAGAUUGUACUGUACAUGUGUAUAUGAUGUAUAUAUUACUAAUAAAGACGUUACAUCUG